AUGCAGGAACAUCUGGAUCUGGUUCGGUCAGAUUUCCAGUACGUCUUCAAGGACAUCAUGGACCUAGAACACUUUGAGGAGCGCAUGUUCUUCAGCGAUCCCAUCAGCAAGUUCACUUUUUUCAGAGGGUACCAAUUUAACGUACAAUUUCUGCGAUAUUUUCUGGCGCCUAUUUAUGAGCUGCAUGAGGUCAGACAGGCUGGGGAGAAUGCUAUUCUGGUGAAGUGGAGCUGGACAAUGAACUUCUGGUGGAACAGAUACAACCCCUUCAAAUUUAUCUGGGACCCGCGCCUUGUCUUCUCCGGCUUCACAGUACUGGGCUUUAACCCAGACACAGGAAAGUGGAACAAGCACAUCGAUGGAUGGGACUGCUUGGAAGACCAGGAGUUCUUCAGCAUCGAGGGAUUUGCCUUUGUGCUCCGUCAAAUGCUGCAAGUGUCCAAGCCACCGAACAGGCUGACCCCAGAGUUCUGCAUCCUGAAGAAAUACAAGGACUGGGAGAUCCGCAGGUACAAGCCUUUCCUCGUCGCUGAAGUGUCAGCAGAUGCGGCUUCUGAAACGGAGGCUGAGGAAACCUUGCGAGAAUAUUUGCGCGGACAGAACAGCUUGGAUCUGGCCUUGGAGCGCACAACGCCUCUCUUCAGGGAAAGUUCUGGGGAGCUCUACUUCAUGCUGCCGGGCUACCAGGAAGUGGAGGAGGCGCCGUCCCCCACAAACAAAGCCGUGAAGCUGCGCAUGCAUCCGGGCGGCUGGUUUGCCGCAGGCCGAGAACAAUAA